AUGGGGGUUGCAGGGGCUGCUCAUUCUUUGAUUAUGGAGUGUAUUUCGACUGCUACUUUUUCGAUCAACAUAAAUGGAUCUCCUCAAGGCUGUUUUCGAAGUGAAAGAGGUAUUCGCCAGGGGUGUCCUCUAUCACCCAGCUUGUUUAUCAUUUGCUCUCAAGGAUUGUCCAUUCUUAUGCAUCAAUUUGAACAACAAGGACUUUACCAGGGUUAUCAAAUUAACAGAAGAGCACCAAUCAUCUUACAUCUCAUGUUCGCGGAUGACCUAUUCUUCCUUGGUGAAAACACAAGAGUAAAUAUCCAAAAUCUAAAGAAAUUGCUUAAAGAAUAUGCGGAGAUGUCAGGUCAGUUGAUAAACUACGAUAAAUCUGCAAUUCACUUUAGCAAAGAAUUUCAAGCUUUGAUUUUUCUAAUUGACAAGGUUACUUCAAGAUUACCCGGCUGGAGAAUUCAUUUUGUUAACUCUGCAGGGAGAGCGUCGAAGAUGGAAUUAAGCAAAGAAUUUGGUGGACUGGGGAUUAAGAACAUUGAAUUGAUGAACAUUGCUCUAAUCUGCAAAUUGGUCUGGAUAUUCUUAGAGAACAAAGAUGCUAUGUGGGUUCAAUUGAUGAGUGCUAAAUAUAUGAAUGAAGUUUCAUUUUGGCUAGUCGAGAAACCUGAUAAAUGUUCAGCUACAUGGAGCAGUAUGCUAGAGGUACGUAGCAUUUUGGAGAAUAAAAUAUUCUGGCAAGUUAAUAAUGGUAACAAGAUCGACAUAUGGAAUGAUCCAUGGCUCCAACCAAGUAUGGAUCACCUUAUCGAAAGACCUACAACUCUGCCGAUCAAUAUUCAUAAGGUCUCUGACUUGAUGAUUACGAAUUCAAGGGAUUGGAAUAUACCUCUGCUGACUGAACUAUUUCCUCCUGAGACUGUUCGUCACAUCACUUCAAUAUUUUUAAGCAACGAAACUGAUUCUCAAGAUACUUUAAUUUGGGCUUGUGCUCCGUCAGGAAAGUUCUCUACUAAGUCCUGCUAUAAGUUGCCAUACUUGAAGAAGUAG